CACUCACACCUGGCAAAAAGUCGACACGCUCAUCAGAGACCGAGCAAACACAGAUUGCUCCUCGUUAUCCUGCAGUCUUCAAAUUAUUUUUUACUUUUCCUCCGUUUCAUAGUAAUACGAUAAGGAAUCUCGUUUUUUAGGAAUCUCGUGUUUUUCGGUUUGUGGACAUUUUUUAGAAGACACCCUGCUAGAGUCGGUGGUAGAAAUAAUCAGCACGAAUAACUUGAGUCUGAAGGGGAUUGUGAAAAUUGAUUUUUCAAUGUGUGAUGAGAAAGUAUUUUUGAUUGGGUAACUCGUGAAAUCGGAAUGCAGAAUUUUAGUGUUUCUAGUAUUUUUGACCACGACUGAAAAUGCCUUAAAUCAAACUCGUCUGUGUCUCGUAACAUGAAAAGUGAAUAUUAUCAAAUUUUUUUCGCACCUGAUUAAAGUAACAAAUCGCUUUCGUUCAUUGAUAUCGUAAGUUUGAAAGCGACGUUGAAUCGAAGGUACUCAAAUUCCAAAAUCGAGAUCGUACGAAUUACGAUAACGUGAAUGCUAAUCACGAUCGCGAAUUAUCGAUAGCAUCAAUAACGUGAAUCUGCGACGUAGUAAAACGACGGAGGAGUGGAUCGUAGAGAGAUUUGAAGAUGAUAUAAUUUGAGAAAAACACGCGAUAUUUAAAUCAUGAAUCCCCGAGAACUAGCGCGGGCUUUCAAGAAUCGUUCCACUUUGAAUCCUCUUUUGAACGACGCACGCUGAAUAAGCCCAGAAAACGAUGAAAACGGUUCUAAAAACGAGUUUUUUUUCCGCACGCUUAUUCAGGCACGGGUGUACAUAGAAAGGAGGGUUGAAAAAGAGACACGUAAUGUACGUAGCUUCCCCAUUGAGUGAAGCAACUAAAUUAUGAAUGGUGGUCGAUAACGCUGAGACGCGUGCACCCCCUCGACGAAAGAAGUUACAACAAGACAAUGAUUCCUCACAAUAAAACGAGCCCCAGCGAUGUACACCUCCGCAGCGAUAAAAAAAGGUCAACGUACAGCAUUGCCGUCGAUAAAAAUACAUUGAGAGCAACACCUGCUGUUCCGUUCGUCCAGUACACAAGGGUGUUAUACUGAUGUUGAUGGCAGGGAUUAUUGCGGGGAAUUAGAAAGGCGAGGUGCCUGAAGCUCCGCAAGGGUAACUGCGCUCGGCCGAUUGUAAAGAUCGGACGAAACACCGGGACGGAAGACGGAUCGUUGGAACUUCAUUUAUCACGAAAAAUAUUCUCGAGGUGUCUUUGCGGCACGCUAUCGGUGGUCCCCGAAGGGGUCCACUGCCAAACGGUGAAGGGUAAAGUGACCGAAGGGCGGGUUUUGGGGGGAUGCAGCGCGAAGGGGUAGCGGCAUGGAGGAGCCCUCACUUGAGGCUCUCAUGCAAGCGGGCCUCAUCUUCGUCGUCGGCGUCGCCAUCAUUCUCUCGAACCUCCUCAUCAUCGCCACUUACCUCAACUUCCGGGGUCCCUCCGAGGUGAUAAACUACUAUUUGCUAUCGUUGGCGUCGGCGGAUCUUCUAUGCGGUCUGCUGGUAGUACCACUCUCGGUAUAUCCGGCGCUCGUUAGAAGAUGGGUCUACGGGGACAUAGUAUGCCGUUUGGUCGGUUACCUCGAGGUCACUCUCUGGGGGGUCUCGGUCUACACCUUCAUGUGGAUCUCUGUCGAUCGCUAUCUCGCAAUCAGGAAACCACUACGAUACGAGACCGUACAGACAAAAACUCGUUGCCAGUGUUGGAUGGUCUUCACAUGGAUAAGCGUGGCCAUGAUAUGCUGCCCACCGUUGCUCGGCUUCAACAAGCCGAUCUUCGAUCGCGAGGCCUUCAUAUGCAUGCUGGAUUGGGGAAACAUGGCCGCCUACACAAUCACCCUAUCGAUACUCGUACUCGGUCCUUCGGUCAUAACAAUCGUGUACACGUACUUCUACAUAUUCUCAAUGAUGCGACGACUCAGAUCCGGUGUGCCGAUACACGACAAAGAGUACGCGACGGCGUUGUCCGAAAAUCUCAGCAAUCCAAGCCACAUCAUGUCCUUCGUUCUUGUAAUGGCGUUUUGGGUAUCCUGGGCACCGUACGCCGGACUCAGGAUCUACUCCAGCCUUAACGGACCACCUCAGGUGCCAUUCCUGAACUUUGCAGUCGUCUGGUUCGGGGUGACGAACAGUUUCUGGAAGGCUUUGGUACUGGGUACCCUGAGCCCCCAGUUCCGUCUAGCAGCGAGGGUCCUUUGUCUGACAUUGUGUUGUCGUCAGCGAAGACUUCCGCCCGAAUUGCUCGGCCUGGACGACGACGAUUAAAGAUCUCGGCAGGAGCAGCCGAACGAGAAGCAGAAGAAAAGUAACUAACGAGGAGGAAGUGAUAAGGUGAACGAAGGCCGGAAAAAACCGUUGCAAAAUGUAGAGCGCCGCGCAUUCUUAGAGCAUCGCUGUUUAUCGACGAUUCUUUACGAUCCAAAAAUCUUUCGGUCGGGGGACACUGUUUGAUUGAGUGGACGAAGGGAGAAAACGGGGGCUGAAGAUGGACUUGGAAUGGGGCAAAUUGGGGGAUGGCCGUGAGCGAUCGGGUACUCAGUAUUUGGCAAGAGCAAAAUCUCGCUUCGCUCAAUCUCUCGUUAACGAAAGGAAAAUAACAAUAACCAAAGAAAACACAUUAUUUAGAGUAAGAUCGGGAAAUAAAGUUUCUGAAUAAUAACUAAAAUGAUUAUUCAUACGGGAAUAAGUAACGGGAGCUCGGGACGAAAACGGCGAUGUUGAAUGUCUUGAAAAAAAAAAUAAAACAAAUGUUAAAUAAUCGUUGCCUACGUACGUCUUAAGAUCACGCUCAAUAUGUGUCGUAGUCGAGCCAAAAAUGUGUCGCACGUGUUGACCGCGAUCCCCAUCGUCGUGUCUGUACUCGAUUAACACUGAACAAACCAAAGAAGCUGAAAACUGAAAAAAAUAUUACCAAAAACGUCAUAAAAAAUUACGAGUAAAGAUGUUUAUGAAAAAACAAAAACUAGUCAAUUAACGGAGAUGUCUCUACGAAUGUGAAGCGCUCGCGUCAGUCGAAAUGUGCUGUAUGAGAGGGCGAUUCGAGAAAUAAAGAUAACGGACGAUUGGGAUUGAAAGGAGAUGAAAACGGGAGUGUUCACAAAGUUCGCGCGCGAUACGCGAAGCUGCUCGCAAAACAAACGUUCAAUGGGCUUACGGGGUCGUAGUUCACGAGACUCCGUCAAAAUUUCUCGCUUAUAAACAAAAAAAGAAGAUGAAAAUUGAUGAAUACGAAUUAAGCGAAAAAAAUAAAUAAAUCAUGAAGCUUCGCUGGCAAUCGGGAGGAAAGUAAGUGAACGUACAGAAAAAACGACGAUUGAAUAUUUUGGGUGGAUUAUAAAACCCUCGUUUGAUUUAGACGUUUCGCAAGCAAUUUCGAUGUUAUUUCAUUAAAACGAUGAGGAACUUUGACAGUUGGUUUUACAGAGGGAGCCACGGCCCCGUGAAGGACCGUAAACUCCGAAACGUUUUUUUCGUAUUCUCUUCGAAUUACAUAGUUAGUAUACCAAGCGAGAUUUAAAAGACACAUUUAACGGCAGUUUAAGGAAUAAGAGCGUAGCGCAAUCAGCGAAUGUCGCAAAGAUCCAAGCUAAAAACGAGAUGAAAAAUUCAAUAAAAGCGUUUAUUGACUUAUCAAUUAUCUUAAAGAUUAUGAUAACUAUUGGCGUCUUUUUUCAAGGGCUUCAAUGGGCUAAGGCACAUUUUAUGGGAGAAUUCAAAAAUUGACUUUCCAUUUAAAACACUAGGUCGCAAAUGCUAUCAAUUUUUUCCUUUGAACAAUGAAGAAUGGAAAAGUCGUUGAAUUUUUUUUUAAAUUCAUUUUCAAAGAGUCUCGAUCAUUGUUCAAAAUCCGUGUGAAAUACUCUCUGUAAAAUUCCGUCACGCACCGAUGAGGCCCAACCGAAAAGUCGCGACGUGAAAAUUUCCUCGGCGAAAGAGAAAAAAAUAAACAAAAUUUGGCUCAACUUUGCAUCAUGUCUACACGAUUCGGAUAUUAAAGAUUUUGAAAAAUAAUGAAAAUAUAGAGCUUAGCAUUAAUUAGGCUUAUAGACGUGGGCGCGCAGCGGGACUGCCACUUCGUUAUCAAAGGUUCGUGAUAUCACAUCUAUUCGUCGGUGAAACAAAAAAUAAUAAUAAAAAUGAAGAAAAAAAGAUUGAAAGGAGAGAACGAUAACGUUGCGUGAAAUUAGUGGGAGUCACGAAACCGACGGGGAAGGGUGCCAUGGGUUAAUACAGUAGUAAACAUUUUCUAUUACAAUUAUUGUUAAAAAUCGUAUAAAUUCGUAUUAAUUGGACUCUUGAUAAUCGAUUGUUAACCGAAUGUGGAUGAUUUAUCAACUGUUUAUUAUCGAUAAGUUAUUUUUCGAUUGGUGCCCAUUCUCGGACCCGAUGGAUCCUGAAAAAUAUAAAAAAAAACGAGUGAGAGAACGAACGAGAAAUAGAGAGAGAAAGAAGAAGACAUUAUUGAGUGAAUAACAUAUGAAGUGAGAAAUAUUAAGUAGACAUUAGGAACGGUGAAAUGAAUUAAAUAACGUAUUGAAAAAAGAGAUGAAGGAAAAUGCGAGGAUAUAUUAAUACAACAUAUGAAAAAAGCGAGAAAAUACUGUUCGAAUUAGUUUUUAAAAGAAAUGCAUACAAAACGUCGUUUCAACGGAGUGUAAAUAGUGUUAUAAUAAUGAUAAAAAUGCUUGAAUUAUAAGUAACUCGUUUUAUGGAAAAUAUAAAACGCGUCACGAUCGAUCGCUAUUGUUUUCAAAUUAUAUAUAUUAUACACUUAUGAGGAUUCUCGACACACCAAUAUAAGAUUUAAAAAAACGUUUAAAAAAUGAGAUGUAUAAUAAAAAAAAAGGUACGAGUUUAUUUGUCGUUUUUCAGUCUCCACUUUUCUCUUUCUCUGUCUCUCUUUCUCUCUCUUUUCUUUUUUUCUAUUUCUUCGCUUCUUCUCUCUCUCUCCCUCUGUCCGUCUGUCUUUUUCUAAUCUUUCUUUUUUGUUGUUCAAUGCUCGACGUCUACACUAUAUUUUUGCUUAGUCAUGGAAUCAACGAACGAUCGAAUCUUGGUGUCUUUCAUUAUUCCUUCUUCUUUUCUUCAAUUAUUUCUGUCAAUGAGGCAUACUCACCAGAAAAGUAGGAUUGUGUAUGAGCAUAUAUUCCUAUUAAUUAGAUCACACGGACUUUUCUUAUAGAGAUUUUUCGAACGCAAAGAUUUAUUGGGUAAAUCUUUGAAACGUGCACUCCAAAAUAGUAAAAAUGAUAAAUUUGUCAAAAAUGAAUGAGCCUUUUGAGAAAAAUUGUUAAAAAAUGUUUCCAGUUGCACCCAAACGAACCGAAUUUGAGCAAAGAUUUUCUCGAGCAAUGAAUUAACCUCAUGGAAUGAACUCAACACCCAGCGGUUUCAAAAUGCGAAUAAAAUAUUUGCAAUUACGAUAUUUUAUCGAAUAUCCCUAGCCUCAUGAAUGCCAAACUCAGCUUCGAUUCAAUGCCUCGAGAUUAACGCUUUGCCACUCGAAUUGUCGAAUGGCGCUUCGCACUUUCGAAUCGUAAAUUCAAUUUGAGAAUGAACAACACCAAAAGUUUCGCAAUUUUAGACACCGAGAACCUCAAAUUUUGGAAAACAAUUGCUUAUCAAGAGACGCGCUAGCGGCUCGACGCCAAGUAUUAAAAGGAAAAACAGCAGCGCGUAAAGAAAAAGCCAGAGUGAGCCCUGCCCCACUCUUGUAUACGCGAAUAUGCCGAUUUAUGACGUCACAGAGUUUUCAAACGGCACUUGCGGACAAACCAUAUUAUUAAAAAUCAAUUUCUACACGUUAAUGCAAAAUUACAAAGUUCCGAUGUUCUCUUUAUCAAUGCUUCAGUAAUUGUAUCAUUUCCGUACUUCGUUAAAUGUCCGGGAAAAGAAGCCACGCAGGAAAUGUUGAUCGACACAAAAGUCGGAUGCGAAUAGAACGUAGGAAGAAAAACUAAUAGUCGUUGAGCUUUGCCCAACGAACACUGAGAACCGCCAAAAUCAGCAGUAUUCACGGAAAAAAACGAAGAAAAAUAACUUAGUAGUAAAAGUACGAAAUAAAUCGUGAAAAGAAUAACUAAUAAGCCAUAAAUUCGAUAUUAAUGAUAUAUUGAUAUGACAUGAAUGGUAUACUGUUGGAAUCUAUAACGAAAUUCUAAAGGAAUCUAAAGAUUAAUGAAGGGAGCGUUAGACGACCGCGGGAAGAGCGUCGAGAUCCUCAGUUGUCUUUCUAUUGCGUUUUAAAUGUCGAAUAGCAUCAGGUCCCAGACGACAGCGAAUCGUGCCUAUUUCCGAGUUCGUAUGAACGACGAAAACGAGGGAGGAAAAAAUUAAGAGGGUGGCAAAAAAAACUGAAGAUUCAACGUUAGUAAAAACGGAAGGUACCAAAGACUACGAAGGGCAACGUGAAUGCUAAAUAAGGAGGGAAAAUAACAACAAACGUUACUGUGGCAUCCUAAUUCCAUGGUGUGGCAUAAUCCGUCUCGGACUUAUCACUAAAAACAUGAUUAUUCGUGGAGCUUCCGUCGAGAAUCAAAAAAAUGCUUUCACUUCCGAUUCCUUUUGGGAUGAAAAGUCAUUUCGUUUUGUGAAAAGUCUCAGAGGGAAGACGAGGGCUCAGAGAACUAUGACGCCACAGUAGUUUUCGAUAUUAUGUUUCCUCUUUCUAUCCACGCAUACGAACUUUUGUGAGUCUGCAGCUCGGUACAGCUGAUGAUUCAGUCGUUUCGGUUGAAAUAAGGAAGCAAUGCUAAAUCGCUCGAUCCACGUUCGUCCUUCAGGUACCCACCAAAGGGAGUGAGUUACCGAUUGUAGUAAUCGACGGACUCAUACAUGGACUGAAAUUGCGAAUGACGAGGCAAUUUCACAAAUGAGAUGAUUAAACACGAGAAAAUAUAAAUGAAGCGAAAGAUUGUGAAAUAAAAAGAAAAACUGAAGAGAAUAAUAAAAGUUGAACGGAUAUAUUGGUCCCUGGCAGUUUCCCGGGCGGCCUUCAUUAUUAACGAUUAAUUACAAUUUUUGUACCUAGUUGCUAGUUUUGUACUAGUUUUGUAACGUACCUCAUCAUGGGCGUGCUGUUAUUAAAUAUUUUAAAUCGACGUCGAAAAACUAUAUUGCGUCAAGAGAAAGGGAACGAAGAGAUGACAUUGUUCGGUAAUUGUAUGCGCUGAUACUCGACAAGUUUGUCAUCGACACAAAUGCGAGGGAGAGAAAAAGUGAUUACAGAUCCAGAAAAGAGAGAGUGAUUUUUCUGUAUCAGAAUUGGUAAAGAUCUUUUAUGGAUUUUCUUUAUCGUUUAUGCAGAAAAAGUGAAAUUCGAUCGAAGCACUUUAGAAAACCCUGAAUCACACAAUUUUUUUCUUCAGCAAAGAAAAUCAUGUGAUGAUGGUAUUCCUCAGAGUGUGCAUUAAUGAAGCUGCGACAUUGAUGCACUCGACGAGGAGCUGCUCGUUGUUAAGGCAAAACGAGACGAAUCUGCGAGAACCGAAACUGCAGAACACUCAUUUACUUUGACUUUGUAUUUUAAAAAAAUGUACAUUGAAUAAUUUUCACAAUUUGGAUCGAAUAUGCUGAUAUUUAGUGAGUUUUUAUUAAGCACCUGAUCAUUUUUAAACGUUCUGUCAGUGCUGUUGUUAAAUAAAAAAUACGACUCAAUUUUUUUCCAUCCGCAGAAGUCCAGAAAAAAAUAAGAGCUUGUAACUGGAAAUAAUACUGAGAGAAUGGAAUACAUAGAGAGUAUGAAGGAACGCUGAAUUGGUAGAAAGUGUGAUUGUAUGCGGAAAGAAAAGAGACUUUGAAAGAGAAAUAAUAAUGAAGAAACGACGAAAAAUAAAUGGGUGCUGUGACGAUACUGUAUAAUGAUUAAAAUGAUGACGGUACGAUUAGAUCGAUUCUUGUCCUAGGGUCUAUAGAGUAGCAAGAAAUUCCAAUAAUAAACAGUGAGAGUGUAGUUGCUGCAAUUUCACAUCGUGCUCAACUAUUAUAUGGAAGCAUCACUUUUAUUCGAA